AGAAAUCUUAACAUCUAAAUAACACUUUUUACAGUGUGUGUAUUUUGGUGAUCGCAUUUUGAAUUUGAGAGGGUACAUAUUUUGAAAUAGAAAAAAUCAAAACUUGGCAAACUAUAUUCGCAGAAAAACAAGCUAUUUGCAAACCAAAGCUUUCAAAAGCAUAGUUCAACAUCUUAUGUUGCGGCAAUGUACUUCAGUAAUAAUACUUUUGUUGACAAUCAGGGUUUUGUGAAGUUUUAAGAAGGACGUGUUAUACAUUAAAAAGGCGAAUUACAGAAACUCACAACACAGCAAAGUGUACAAGCAAAACAAAUAUGGGAUGCCUACUUCAAACACAGAAACCAGAUCCUGACAUAAAUGCGGAUUUCGACACAUUAAAUGUUGCGGCAAUACAUUUCAGUACUAUAGCUUCUGCUGACACUCAGAAACAUAUAAAGUUUGUAGAAGGACGUGAUGAAAAUUUAGAAGAUGAAUUUCAGAAACUAAAAACUCAGCAAUGUGUACCAACAGAAGUACAAGCUCCGUCAAAUGUGAACCAGGAAGUUCCGAGACAGCUUUCAACUCCUGACACAAAUGUGUUGACUGAAGAACUAGGAGAUGACAUAAACGUUCAGAAAUUCUUUCCCGAUCUUGUAUAUUCUAUUGACACCAUGCCUUUCUGUGAUCACUUAUACGCUAAAGACAUUUUAACACAUAUCCAAAUGGAUACAGUUCAACAACGCGUGAGACUUCAAGAUCACAGAGACGCCAACAGAGAAUUAUUAAUGAUCCUGAUAACAAAGCGUCCAGAAAAGGCUGUAAUGAUUGAAGUGUUGUAUGCAACUCAGCAACAACAUUUACUGAAACUGUUUUACCCCCGACCGUAAUGACUUCAUAAUUAUAAAAUGUUUAAAAUAGAACGUUACACACAGUACAUAUGCAUGAAAUUGAAAAAAGGUUAUUACUUGUUUGUUCUAUUAAAAAGCGUUGAGGAAGGUGUUUAACUUUUUUCUUUAUUGCUGCAUCAAUUUUCCUCAAAUGCACGUGUGAGCAUUCCUAAUGGAUGUUGAUAUCGCUGAUGACGUCAACUCGGAAAUUUCAGAUCGACUGGAGCGUUAACCAGAGUUGGUGUCGCUGAGAUCUAGAUAAUCUUAAAUUAUGCCAGAUCGCA